GUCAAAUCAAUCGAUUAUCAAUCAAAACAUUACAAUUAUAAAUAAUGGAUUUUAAAAAACGAACGAUUCAGUUAACAAUCAAAUAUUAUAAAGCAUCCAACGAUGAGAAUCCCAUUGUGGUAGAGAAGUCGAUCGAAGUUGCACCGUACGCGGAUCCCAAUAACUUGAAAUCAGAAUUGCACAAAAUGUGCAAUGUUACCAAAGAAAAAGUAAUGAAAUUAAGGAAUGCCGAUGGGAUUUUGGUGCCUAUAUCUUUCCUGACAGACCCUAACAUACCUGACAGGUGUUUCCAAAUUGAUGUCACUUACAUAUCCUACAGAGACAGGCCUACUGCGAGUUUGCUGCAAGAUGCCUACGUUGAUGCUGUUCAACAGAAAAUAAGGACAUUGGAGAGUCGAAUUGCACAAUCGGAAUUAUUGUUGCCCCAAUUGGAGUGGAGAAGACAGGCUUACAUGGAAGACACUCUUAACGGAUUGCUCUAUAAAGUCGGCUUUUUAAAUCGCAGAUUUGACGAACUCUUACCCCAAUUCAGGGUCAAACAACCAGAAAAUAUGGCUUAAUAUUGAACAUUAUUAUCUAAAAUAUGUUUGUGCACUGUAUUAGAAUAAUUGUAUACUGUACUAGCACUUUUCUCAGUGUAUUUUAAUUUUUCUUUGUGAUAUUAAACGUUAGAAUUAAAUUUGUAAAAAUGAA